CGGCGGGCAGCUGCGGGCCCCGCGCCGGCUGGCGGCGCUGAGGGGUCGCCGAGAGGAGCUCGGCGGCGUCUGUCCGAGCCGUUCCCUCCGUGGGCCGCCGGCGAGGGCAUGAUCGCGGACUCCCUCUGCCUCCCGAGCGGCGGCGGGAGCGGCGAGGGCGGGAGGCGCCGCGCAGAGGCCACGGUCCAGGGCUGCGCCGGGGGACAGCGGGGCAGGAGAUGAGCCUGUCCCCAGCGGCCCAGGAAGCAGCAUGCACCCCGAUGCCACCGACAGCAGCGGCGCCGGCCUCAGCCCAGCGCCGGCCGUGGGCGCUCCAGGCGAGCGGCGGCCGGAGCCCCGGGAGGACGCGGUGGCUCCGAGGGGCCCUGGCGGCGGGAGCUGGCGGGUGCCGGUGGCCGUGGCCGCCCUCGCCGCGGCGUUCCUCUCCUACCUGGGGCUCGGCUGCUGGCAGGGGGCAGGAGGGACGGGGCCGUGCGCCGCCCUGCUCAGCCUUGUCCUGUACCUGGGCUGCGCCUCGGCCGCCUUCCUGUUCGGGACCCUGUUCUCCCUCGUCUGCCGGAGCUGGCGAGCCCCGCCGCCCGACUUCGCCGCCGCCUGGAGACGGCUGGCCGAGGCCGCCUGCCGCGGGUCGGGGAGCCCUGUUUGUGGAAACUCACAUGAGACAGUUCAGUCGAGAAGGGUGGUAAUUUCUCAUCAUAUGGAUAAAGCUCUGAAAGAAGUGUUUGACUACAGCUAUAGAGACUACAUUCUGUCCUGGUACGGGAGCCUCAGCAAAGACGAGGGACAGCUGUACCACCUGCUCUUGGAAGACUUCUGGGAGAUCGCCAAGCAGCUGCACCACAGACUGAGCCACGUGGACGUGGUGAAAGUCGUCUGCAAUGACGUCGUGCGGACCUUACUCACUCACUUCUGUGACCUGAAGGCUGCGAAUGCCAGACAGGAAGACCAGCCAAGGCCUUUUGUGUUGCAUGCCUGCUUGAGGAACUCGGCUGAAGAAAUAAGAUUCCUACAGACGUGUUCUCGGGUUCUGGUGUUUUGUCUCCUCCCCUCCAAGGACGUGCAGUCUCUCAGCUUACGUAUAAUGCUCGCAGAGAUUCUCACGAUGAAAGUGUUGAAGCCCGCGGUGGCCUUGCUCAGCAACCCAGACUACAUCAACCAGAUGCUGCUGGCCCAGCUGGAGCGCAGGGAGCAGAUGAAUGAGCAUCACAAGCGAGCCUACACCUACGCUCCUUCCUACGAAGAGUUCAUCAAGCUCAUCAACAGCAACUCGGACGUGGAGUUCCUGAAGCAGCUCAGGGAAUGUUUGCAAAUACCAGUCCCCCUAGUCCUUGAACCCAGCACAGUCCCAGCAAGGCCACGUCCUCCUCUGGAGGAAGAAAGCCGAGUGAGUGGCAGGUAUCAAAUUGUAGUGGAAAUAAUCCAGGCAACCACAAUUAGCAGCUUUCCCCAGCUGAAGAGGCACAAGGGUAAAGAAACGGCUGCGAUGAAGGCCGACCUCCUGAGGGCCAGGAACAUGAAGCGGUACAUUAACCAGCUGACCGUGGCCAAGAAGCAGUGCGAGAAGAGAAUCCGAGCCCUGGGCGGCCCUGCCUAUGACCAGCAGGAGGACGGGGCCCUGGACGAGGGGGAAGGGCCUCAAAGCCAGAAGAUUCUUCAGUUUGAAGAGAUCUUGGCCAGUACUUUCUACCGAGAGCACUUCGGGACGUACAUGGAAAGGAUGGACAAGAAAGCUCUGAUCAGUUUCUGGGAGUCUGUGGAAUGCUUAAAGAAUGCUAACAAGAAUGAAAUCCCACAGUUGGUUGGUGAAAUUUACCAGAAUUUCUUCGUGGAGAGCAAAGAGAUACCCGUGGAAAAACCCCUGUACAAAGAGAUCCAGCAAUGCCUUGUGGGCAACAAGGGCAUUGACGUGUUCUGCAGGAUCCAGGGAGACGUUUACGAGGUCCUGAAGGACAGGUACUACCCUUCGUUUAUCGUCAGUGACCUGUAUGAGAGGUUGAUGCUGAAAGAGGAAGAGAAGCGCGCCUCGCAGCUGAUUUCUCACAAGGAUGACGUGGGCCUGGGAGGUGAGGCUGGCGAGGAAGCCGUGGAUGAAGGCACCAGCCAGAUUAAUGAACAAGCCAGUUUUGCUGUAAACAGACUCCGAGAGCUAAAUGAGAAGCUUGAAUAUAAAAGGCAAGCUCUAAAUUCUAUUCAAAAUGCACCAAAACCUGACAAGAAGAUCGUGUCCAAGCUGAAGGAGGAGAUCAUGCUGACCGAGAAGGAGCGCGCCGACCUCCAGCUGCACAUGGCGCGGACGGACUGGUGGUGCGAGAACCUGGGCCUGUGGAGGGCCGCCAUCACCGGGGGCCAGGUCACAGAAGAGAACGGCGAGCAGAUGCCCUGCUACUUUGUCAUGGUGAGCUUGCAAGACGUGGAAGGAGUUGAAACUAAGAACUGGACAGUCCCCCGAAGGCUCAGUGAGUUUCAGAAUCUGCACCGGAAACUUAGUGAGUGCUUCCCUUCUCUAAAAAAAGUCCAGCUGCCUUCUCUCAGCAAACUGCCUUUCAAAUCUGUAGAUCAGAAGUUUAUGGAAAAGUCCAAGAAUCAGCUGAAUAAGUUUUUACAGAAUCUGCUUUCAGACGAAAGACUGUCUCAGAGUGAAGCACUUUAUGCCUUUUUGAGCCCUUCUCCUGACUACCUCAAGGUCAUUGAUGUGCAGGGGAAAAAACCCACCUUCUCAUUAUCCUCAUUGGAAAGACUUCCUCGCGACUUCUUCCCGCACCAGGAGGAGGAGGCAGAGGAGGACAGCGACCUGUCAGAUUACGGUGACGACGUGGACGGGAGGAAAGACUCCUUGGCCGAGCCCUGUUUCAUGUUGAUUGGGGAGAUUUUUGAACUCCGAGGAAGUAAUGUUAAAUGGGUGAGAAGAACGCUGAUUGCUCUCGUGCAGGCCACUUUUGGAAGGACCAUCUCAAAACAAAUUCGGGACACGGUGAGCUGGAUUUUCAGCGAGCAGAUGCUGGUUUACUACAUCACCGUUUUCCGGGACGCCUUCUGGCCGCAUGGGAAACUGGCACCCCCCACCAAAGUCAGAAGCAAGGAGCAAAAUGAGGAGACGAAGCAGAUGAGCGCAGCAGAGCUGCUGGAAAACAUUCCAGAUAUGCUGCAGAGCCUUGUCGGACAGCAGAAUGCCCGCCAUGGGAUAAUCAAAAUAUUCAAUGCGCUGCAGGAGACAAGAGCCAAUAAACACCUGUUGUAUGUGCUGAUGGAACUGCUGCUGACCGAACUGUGUCCGGAGCUGAGGGCGCACGGGGACCCGCCGAGGGCGGGCCAGGCGUGAGUCCGCACAGAUAAAUAAACCACCGAGAAACGUCUGUGAUAAUAGACACGCCGCAUUUCCUCUUUUCCGCGGAGGGCCUGACUGAGAACGAUGUGGAUUUUGUUUUAGUUACGUCCCCCUGGUUUCACGGGAAGUGAGCAGAGGGAGUCGAUGCUGUCGCAGGCAACAGGAAACACCACUUCUGUUGACUGUUGGUUUUUAUUUUCAUGAGAACAUAAAUACUUUGAAGUUCAACGUGCCGAUUGACAUAUAAAUGUUAAUAUGUGGUAAGAACCUAGGAAAUAUUAUAAAUAUUUAUGAAAACUUUUGAAACGAAGAACUGUAAAUACUGUACAGAUAAUGUCCUCGCUGAGGAUUUUGAACAUUCCUAUACUCAUGUGUAUCGAAGAACAUUGUUGUGCAAUGCUUUAUGUAAAGUUAUUGUGAAAAAUUUGUCUUUAUUUUUACCAAAGAUUUCCCAUAGUUUGAAGCAUUUGAAGCAAUAAAAUAUAAAAACGAAUCAUA